AUGAGUACCAUAUUUUUAUUUGAAGAUGGACAUGGGAAUGUCGUUGAUGAGAAUGGCGGCCCUAAGCCCAUGGAGUACAUUGUCGAUCAGAAUGAGUUUAAUGUUGAGACAUUUGCCACUCACGCUGAUUACUUGAAAAAUCCAGCUUCCAGCGGAUCAUCUUCAGCUUGUCCAAUGCGAAUAGAAAAACCAAAAGAUGCAGACAUUCGCUUGAAGGAAACCAACGUGAAACGUGAUUAUCUGCAGCGAAGCAGUUGGGCAUUCACAUUCGAACUGCUCAGAGAUGUGUUAGACAGUUUAUGUCCUGAUAGCAUUAUUGAGAGCUGUAAACAGAUUGGCCGUAAGUGUAUCUUGUCCAAAGAUCAUAAGACGGCAAUUGUCAACUUCAUUGAUGCUAAUCCCUCUGCUGCUGUUGUUGAAGUGGUAGAACAUUUGUUUAAGCGAUUCAGUGAUUUUAAAGUUUCACGCAGCACUGUUUAUAACUUUAUGAGAAGUGAAUGCAACAUUUCGUUGAAAAAAGCAGAUUUUCAUUCUAUCGAGAGAGACAGUCCAGUGAAGAUUGAGGAGCGACUUGAUCGGGUUUGUAAGUGGGAAAAUACAGACAUGAACUUCAUGACGAAUUGCGUGUUUCUUGACGAAUCUGCUUUUGAUAUAAACACGAAACGUUCAAGAGCUUGGUCCGAAAAAAGGUACCCGUGCUAUUUUUAUCAGGCCAACUACGAGAGCAAAUACAACGUCUAUAUUGGACGCUAUCUCUGCCGCAAGUUUGAUCACGAUUGGCUUAAAAAACCAAGACCUGCCAAGAUGCGAAAGGCUGAUGGAUAUAUAAGCUCAGGGACUGUAACAAGCCAUUAA